CUCUGAUCUCGAGAUUGCACGACUAGGCGUCAUUUCUCGAAAUUGCAUACAUGCUUUUCAUGAGGUCUUUGGGAUGCAACAAAACAAUCGCUUGUCAAACUCCUCAGAAACUCCUAAAACCCUCGAUAUAAAAGACACGACAUUUUGUCAUGUCUCAAGCCUGUCAACACUGAUGACAUGAAACACCAUUACCUACACACACCGACAAAUUUCCGGAUCUACAGAUCAUGCUUGCUGGUUCUUCUUCCUCCAGAUAAUAUUCUCCUAGUUCUCUAUAUACAAAACGCACAAACUCGAAAUACAUGUUUACUAUCACUGCUCUACGGUUCAUCGGCGUUUUCUAAAAGAUUGGUCUCACCUGUGUCAUGCUCUGGCGCCUCCUCCCGCCUCUCAAAAGCUCCCUUCUACUUCAAAAUACUUCUACAUCUCCCUCCUGAAAGAUCAGAAUCCAAGAUCAAUGUUCCAGGACGUCUUCCUUUGUGUCAAGAAAAGUCCUACCUAAUAAACUCGCAUAAUCAAACUGAUCCCAUGGGACCAAUAUGGCUUCUGGGCCCUCUAAAUGUCAUUACAAGCAAGCCAAUGCGCUUCCUCGCCUCUCCGGUUCCCAAUAAAAAAUCAGGAGGACAAUAACCAUGACUAGCUCGAGCAUAAAAUGGAUCAAUGUGUUUUGGACCCUCAUAUAUCGAAAUGUGCUUAUCCUU